AGGUAAGAAAUGUCUCUGGCGUGGUUUCGCAUUCUGGUGCUUUUAGUUUUAGAGCUUUCCAUGACUUCAGCAUGGCCUGCGCAAAAGUUUUCACCCGGUAUUGCAAUUUCACCAACAGUCAAUCAGAAUCCCGGGCAAGUUAGUGGCAUCAUUGCAGAAAGUACAGGUGGCUCUACAACAGUAUCGGAGCAAACAUAUACACCUCCAGUGGCACCAGCUCGUGCUCCGGUGGUGUACCAAUCUCAGCCAGCUCCUGCUCCGAUGGUGUACCAAUCUAAGCCAGCUCCUGCUCCGGUGGUGUACCAAUCUCAGCCAGCUCCUGCUCCGGUGGUGUACCAAUCUCAGCCAGCUCCUGCUCCGGUGGUGUACCAAUCUCAGCCAGCUCCUGCUCCGGUGGUAUACCAAUCUCAGCCAGCUCCUGCUCCGGUGGUGUACCAAUCUCAGCCAGCUCCUGCUCCGGUGGUAUACCAAUCUCCGCCCACACCACAACAGACGGUUUACCUGCAAGGAAACAGACCAGUUUAUUCUUCCCCUCAGUACACAGGUCAAGCGCCAACUGCCUAUGUCUAUCCUGAUGGAUCGUACGCACAACCACCACCAAUACAAAUGGCAACACGAUUCGGCAACACCUAUAGUCCUCCAAGCACAUACUAUUCCGGUUCUCCAUCCAACUACUAUUCUAGUCCCAAUUCCCCGUCCAACUACUAUUCCAGUUCCAAUUCAGAAUCUUUUUCAUCCAGGCUCGCUAGUAGUUUAGGAUUGGGUAGCUCUCGUCCAUCCUACUCAGGCACUCAGGCACUGGGAGCACUGGGAACGCUUGGAGCACUCGGCACACUGGGUGCUGGAGCAUUGUAA